AUGAAACUAGAGCAUUUAUGAUGUUCAUGGCAUUGUUCUGAGUUUGUGAGGACGGUGGCAGUGAAGUGUUCUAACAGUGGAUUGUUUACUCUUGUGACAUGUUCAGUUUUACUUCCCACUUUGUGAUGUCUUGCAUGUCAAUGAAGGGGUUUAUAUGUGAACUUUCCCUCCGGUGAAUACCGUAGUGGGCUAAAGUCACUUACUACACGCUUUACUUGUUCUAUCGUUUGGAUUUGGGGCAAAGUAGAUUAAGAACUGAAGUGAUAAUCUGAUUUUAAAGAGUCAUGGAAGAAAGUUCACUGUCUUCACUAUCAGAAGAGGAGUCUUCAAGAAAAGAAUGCUCUUUAACCGAGGAGUCGAGAGAACCCAACGCCACAGAGUUUUCAGAGCCGGUGGAGGACACAGCACAGGUGGAGGAGUCGCUGGUCAGUGGAGAGGAGCAGUUUACUCUCAUCACAGAAAGCAUGUCCAUCACCUCCUCUGAUGAAGAGAAGCUUCAACUCCUCAACAAAAACACUGAACUCAGACGACUCAACAAAGAGCUGAUGAAGCUGAAUGAGGAGUGGGAUCGCAUCUAUCACAGCAUGAGCGUGGGUCUUCAGCAGCGUGUCUCAGCUCUUGAGGAGGAGAGUUCAGCUCUGAAGAAGCGCAACAGCAGACUGCUCCUCAAAGUGGAACAUGAGCAGAAUACGAGGGAGUAUUACGAGCACACAUUGAUGCAAGAGCUGAAGAAGAAUCAGCAUCUUCAGGAGUACAUCAGACUGCUGGAGACUCGCAUGCACCAGACAGACCUCAGCGGCACCUCUGAUCUUCAUCUACUCCACCGGACCACUAAACCUUCUGUAGACGUACGAUCCACUUCUGGACUUUCUGCGGGUGUAAAGUCUGUCCGCAGACUGUCUGGCAUUGGAGCGGAGAGCGAGAUGGCUGCUGUGAGAGAGGUCCAGGAUCUUAAAGAGCAGCUGGAGGCGCUGCGGUGUCAGACUAAGAUUUAUGAGGCGGAUUAUAAAACCGAGCAGAAGGACCAUGAGCGGAUGCUGCAGGAGAAUAAGAGACUGCGGCGGAGAGAAGCAGAGAUGCGACAGCAGAUGGCUCUUCUGCACGAGCAGCUUAAGGUGUAUGAGGAUGACUUUCAGAAGGAGCGCUCAGACAAGCGGAUUCUCCAGAGACUGCUGAUGAAUAAAUCACCUGCCGUGAAAGAUCCCGUCCUGGUGCAUCGCUGUAACAAUGACCAGGACACGUCCAGAGCAGACAGAAGAAAACACAAAGAAGAGCGACGGGCCGGAUACGUCUGUCCUAAACACUGUGAACAUCACGGACAACUGGACUUCCCAUGAACAAAAACUCAUUUCCCUCUGUCAAUAAUACAGCAAAAAAUCUCCCUUAUUAACUAAUAUAUUUAUUUCAUAUAGGUUUGUUGUUUUCAUUAGAUGUAUUCUUUUCAGAGGAUAUUUGUUUUUGUAAUAUUCUGUGAUAGGUUUCCAUUAAUAAAUGGGCCUAAAUGGAAACUGUGCACUUUUGUAAAGUCCCAAAUCAGUCAACUGAAAACAGCUCACAUUAGUCAAACACAUUUUUACAUGAAUCAACUUUAUUUAUAAGCUACACAAAACUUUACACGAUUUUGUUAGGUCAGAUUAAAAUAAUUUAAAUUGAAGUUACUUAAAAAUGUAAGGCAGCUUUUGAGUUUGUACGUUUUUAACAGUGCUGACAAUAUGAAACUCCAACAAUACAUAUCAAUGAAUGAACGAGUAAAUACUGAAACCAAUGAACGAAUAUAAGCUAUUCAAUUUCUGCUUUUGACUUAUAUGAAUUAAAUCUCUUCUCAAUG